AGGAGCGUGGCGGAGCCAGUUUGCAGCGCAAGUCUGAGAGGCAACAAUCGGGGAUUAAUCCGCCCCGUUGGGUGGCUAGGCUAGCUGCUAGCCGCUCGUUCCUUGGUGCAAAGUCGGGCUCGAACUUCCUGAGAGCGGGCGAGCAUGCCGCAGAUCAUGCCGGCCACAGCCCGAGUGAGGAGACGGCGCAACUAUUAGUCGCCUGCCUCUUCCGGAAGCUGGAAGUUUUUCACCCGCCGCCGCCGCCGCAGAAGAAGAAGGAGGAGGAAGAGGAAGAGGAUGAGGAUGAUGAUGAUGGUUGUUGGCGGCUAAUUAGCUAGCCGAGACGGGGCAAGGCGGCCCGUCCAUGUCUUCCUCUCCACCGACUGCCACAGGGAAAUCUCGCAGUUGAUGUUUCGCCAAGAAGUCACUGUGACGUCUUUUAUUCCGUCUUGUUCGUAUCUUUUCCAACACGAGAAGAGGAACAUGUCCAGGUACAACAUCUACAGCCUGCUCGACUGGGUGUACGGCGGGGUGGACCCCAAGUUCGAGGGCAACGGGGGCCCAGACUGCGCCGCCUUCCUGGCGCCUCAGCAGCGCAUCGGCGAAAGUCUGGUGGUGCUCCUCGUUUCCGUGUUGGAGAUCGGCCUGGCUCUCAAGAAAAUCAACCUGUCCAGAGAGCUCAGGGUGCUGGGGAAAGAGUGCACCGGGUCCAAGGAAGACAGCCUGGCCAAGAACUUGUUGCUUGUUGCGCUCUGCAUGACUUUUGGAGUGGAGGUGGGCUUCAAGUUCGCCACCAAGACUGUCAUCUACCUGCUCAAUCCCUGCCAUGUGGUCACCAUGAUCCAGAUCUUUCUGCUGGCCUGCCCGCCGUGCAAGACCGCCAUGAUCGUGUUUCGGCUGCAGGUUCACAUGUUGAACGGCGCGCUGUUGGCGUUAAUGUUCCCCGUGGUCAAUACGAGGCUGCUGCCCUUUGAAAAGGAGAUUUACUACAUUCAGCACUCCAUGCUCUACCUGGUGCCACUUUACCUGUUCCGGAAAGGAGGCGUGUACAAGCCCGAGCCCCUGGGAGACAUUUGGUGGGCGCUGCUGUCCACGGGCAUCCUCUUCCUCUAUCACUUCCUCUUCUUACAAGUCCUUGGCCUGAUGACGGAGGUCAAUCUGAACAACAUGCUGUGCCCGGCCGUGUCGGACCCCUUUUACGGGCCUUGGUACCGCGUGUGGGCGGCGGGCCACCAGACCCUCCUGACGCUGAUCCACGGGAAGGCUCUGACGCUGCUGUCGCAGCAGGCGGCCCCCGCGUGCAGACACCUGCUGGACGCGCUCGGACUGCGCGGCAAAAAAGUCGACUGAGGCGCCGACGUCCGCCGGCCUUUUCCGUCGCUGGUAUUUUUAUUUUGCUUUUAUGGUGGUUUUUACUGCAAUCCAUCCCACGUCUGGUCCGCGUACGUACGUUUCAGAGCUGCCGGUCGUCCUCAGUCUGCUCGGUAUGUACGACGAUUUUCACACAACUGUCAUAGUCGUAAGUCAUUUCUUUUGCUGCCUUGUUUUUUUUUGGUCUGCUGCUGUCACUCUUCUUCAUGUGCGAAAUGUGCGAGGUGACGCGUUAUUUGCGCUGUCACUUCCUGCUUGGAGUCGGAAGAGCGCCGGCGAGGGUCAAAAGUCUUGAAUGUGGGGAAACGAGUGUGCGUUUUUCCCGUCCCCUUCAGCCAUUCAAGUGAAGCGAUAAGGAGGGAAUGUUGUGUGGCUGUCAGUCGUCAUCACUGGAAUUUAGUAGAAUGGGGUUCAAAAGUGGAAACUGGAUCUUUAUGUCCGGAAGGUGUCCUCUAUUGAAACAUUCAAGAAUUGUCCCAUCUUUUUGGAUGAAGUCCGGUGCAUUCUGUCAUGUCCUCUUCCACUUCCAAGGAAGUCGUGUAUUUUUUUCCUAUUUGUAUUUUGUUUCCACCGAGGCGUUGUCGUACGUCGGCAAACUUCAACUUUGCGUGUUGCUUGGCGUCCGCAAAGAAAUUUCACUGGCUCCGCCAACACCAUGAUCCCAAUGAUCUUUGUGUCGUUGGGUGCCGUUGAUAAGGAAGUAUUAAUAUUUCAUCAGUCGGGUUACGUAUCAUUUCAAGUGUGUGGGAUGCAUCGUUGGAGCAUAUUACAUAUACGUAUAUAUUGUACUUCAAUGUAAAGAAGGGAUUUUUUUUUUUCUACUCUUAUGGGACAAUGUGUGGUUCUUAAUUAAAGUUGUUUGAGUUGAGCAAGGUCGUUGGGAUUUUCUUACCUCCGAGCAAUUCUGUGCUCAUAUUUGGGACCUUUAAAAUAUUGACUUCAUCUUUGUAAAGAAUAUCGGGGUCCCUGUACUGCUUUAGUUUCAGCAACUUUUGUACGUGCCUUCUUGUGGGGAAUUGGUUAUCAUUUAGACAGGCCAAAGAAUGAGUGACAUUAGCUGGAAGUCGGCUCGAAACCUUAACAAUCAGAAUGGCGGACGUUCAUUCAUUCAUUUUGACUAACUAACGGCAACGUCCUAAAAAGGGGGGGGGGGGCGAGGGGGAUCUCUGCUCAAAUAAAACAAAACACGCUGUUCUGAGUUGACUUUUUUUAUUGAAUAAAUGAUUUUAAAAGAUAACUAUUUAAAACAUCUUCACAUCCACAACUUACAUACUCAGAUAACCCAGCCAGCUCUAUAUUUCCUUUGACCCAUAACUUAUUUGCAUUUUUUUUUUUUUUAAAUACAUUUCAAUAUUGUCUUUUUUGCUUUUUUUUUUUUUCCCUUUUCCUUGCUGGGGGUCUUCCGAUCAUGAUUUUUAUUGUAAUGCUCAUUUCAAGUCUUAUCAAACAAACAGCAAUUCAAGGAUAGGAGGAAGGUUCUAGCUCUACAAGGUCGGGAUCUCAUGGGUUCCCCCAUCAACAUUUUCAAGUUACUAAAGCAGAGUAAAAACAAGAUUCCCAAAAAAAAAAAAAAA